AUGCAGAAUAUUCCGUGUUCAUAUGAAUUCGUCGCUGAUAAGCGAAAAGAACAUUUCAUCGCGUUACGCUGGCAUCGAUUAGUGAAUAUGAAGAGAGAAAUGGAAAAAAGACCGAAGAACACCAACUCUGUCAUUUUCUUUCUUUCUUUCUUUCUUUAUUUCUUUUCUUUCUUUCUUUCUUUCUUUCUUUCUUUCUUUCUUUCUUUUUCCUUUCUUUCUUUAUUUCUUUCGUUCAUCUUUCUUUCUUUAAACAUUCUUUUUUUUUUUCUUUUCUUUCUUUUUUCUUUCUUUUCUUUCUUUCUUAGUUUCUUUCUUUCUUUCUUCUCACUUUUCUUUUUUCUUUCCCAUUUAUUGUUGUCCAAGAUUUUCUUUAAAAUGUACAAAUUCCACUUAGUAAAGAUCUUUUUUUUUCUUUCUUUCUUUUCUUUCUUUCUUUCUUUCUUUUUUCUUUUCUGCUUCUUUUUUUUUUUUAUUUUUUCUUUAAUUUCUUUCUUUCUUUCUUUCUUUCUUUCUUUCUUUUAUACUCGCUUAUUUUGUUCUUCUUUCUUUUGUGAUUUUUCUUAUUUAUUUUGUCUUUUUUUCUUUCUUUCUUUCUCUUUCUUUCUUUCUUUCUUGAAUUUCUUUCUUUCUUUCUUUCUUAAGAGAUAA